CGCCAUGACGUUUGCGUCAUGCCAACAUCAAUGACCCAUUCGACGACAGACGUUGAUAAUGUAGAUUUUCUGUAUAAUGCAUUUCUUUUAAUAAUAACAUUAAAAACAAAAAUAUGGAGACGGAUUAUUCGAACUUAAAAGAAGCCAGCGAAAGUGAAAUACAAGAGUUGUCGCUCCUGUUGGAAAACCGGUCGUUCGUGGACUACUUUAAUGUCUUUCUCUGCCUGCCGGUUUUCGGCCAGCACGUGUUCUUCAAUUACUUGGAGGCCGAGUUCGAGUUUGAGCCUCCCAUACGAGACCGCCGUAACCUGUACUUGGAUCGUCGAGGGGUCGUGAAAUGGUUGGUGACGGAGAGGUACCGUCAGUUCCGAACGUGUCCGCUGUUCACGGAGUACGCGCUGUGCAUGAAACUGCGGGAGGCAGAGCUCAUAAUUCCGGGAGUCAAUCAAACAGGAAACAACGGAAACGAAUGCCAAACCUUCGUCCGCAACGUCAUAGGUACGGUGGCAGGAAUGCUUCUGUUCCGGGAGAGCAUGCGCGGCACGUGCGGUGAGAACGUGAUCAGGUGCUGGAGAGACAUUGAGGCAUGGCGUCACAUCCGGGAUCCGGUCAAGCGUAUGUACUGGAAACACGUGAUUAAAACCAAGUACAUUUCGCAGGCGAGCUCCUCGGAACUGAAGACGAAGGUCACGCUGGUUGUGUUUAAAGGCCAGCUAAACUUCGAUCUAACACCUGCGGUCGACAUCCCGGAGAUGGGGGCCGUGGAGCGGUCGGUUUUCUGCGAUGAGACGGACGCCGCUCUGCUGCAGUUGCAGGCGAUACUGGGGGACGUGCUGCUCAAGUACUGGCUCCCACGGCAUCUUAUCAGGGUCCUGCACCAGGCUUCAAAUAAAACUCGAGAGGCGCUUCUAAAACAAGCCCCGACCGACGUCGAAUAUUUGAACAAGGAGAGGCGCCUCCGCCUCCGGUUUACGUUCCCGACGAUCAACCAAGAGUCCAAUGUCAGCUCGCCGGCGACGGUGGUGCAGGUGUCCCAGUCGGCGACGGAUAUGACACAGCCGGAGCCGCCUCAGCCAUCGCCAUCGUCGGACGCUGAGGAUGAGCCCGAUGAAGAUUCGACUGAUAUAAUUGAACCCGUCGAAUUGUUGACCCUUUGGGGCGGUCCUUCAACGGCAUUCUCUGUCCCGGCCCAGCAAAGCGUAUCGUCUGCAAAGUCCGACAGUUAUAUCGUUGAAGUGGAAGAAUACGACACUCCAGAUGAACUAGGCCAGCGUCAUAUCAAGUCAAGCAACUUCAGCGAAACGCCUGAUGAACUAGGCAAACGUCACAUCCGGUCAAGAAACUCAAGCGAAACACCAGAUGACCUAGGCAGAGGUCAGAUACGGUCAAGAAACUUAAGCACUCCCCAGCACGCCCGAAGUCCCAUCCCGAUAGUUCUGAAGUCGUUCCUGGGCGGGAAAAAGAGAACGAUUCUCGGAAAAUUACCGAACACCAACAACCGCGUCCUGUGGUCUCUAGCCUCGGAUAUACUGGCGUGUAGCCCGUUCCGGUCUUUUUUGGAAAAGCACGAGUUCUUGAUGGAUUUGAAAUAUUUAAAUUUCUGGACGGAUGUAAGGAGUUAUCUAGAUACGGAUGAGAACGCCAUUACCGUAUAUGGGGAAACUGUCCGCAACUUUACGGCUCAAAGAAUCGUGACCGAGUACCUAUCAAACAGUGGUGUAGCAUGUGACAUAUUCACGGAGUCGCUGAAGAUGUCGCUGCUGCGUGCGAUCACUGGCGGAAAUGACGUCACACUGCUCUGCAUGGCACAGGACAUCGUGCAAGAGACCCUAUGGGAGCCGUUAAAACUGUACAUUCAAGACGAACGUCGACUUUUCCUCAAACAAGUUAGAGGCGAGCGUUACCAGCUCAGUCGUCGACGCAGACGACAGGUUGAUAUGGGAAACUCACGGUCCAAAUCUGCACUUGAAAAGGAGAACGUCGACCCAUUCUUCUUCUUCCAAUGCCAAACUCACUCGGCGGGAUCGACUCGGACCGGAAGUUCCUAUUUAGCGUCGCCGACGUUUCGCUUUGGUUCCGCUACGUCGCGUCCGGCCACCUCGUACAACGUGUGCAUCAGCGAGGAGCAGCUGUGGAAAGCCAUGGAGCUGGCCGUGCUUUGCUGUGAAUAUGGAACGCCCAUGAUGGUUCCCCAGAGCCUCCCCAGCGUCGAAUCGCUGCCGGAUAUCCUGUACAGCGACCACGGCAGCAUGUACAUCAGCCGCGUACCAGCCGUCAGAAAUGAAUUUCUACACGCGCUAUUCCACAAGCCGACGAUUAACAUAGAAACCAUCAAAGUGUCUCGACAUGUCAUCUUCGACAAAGUAGACACAAAGCAACUGAAGACCGCCGAGAAAAAGGAGGAGAAUCUGCCGAAAAUCAACCACCGAAUGGUCUUGAGGCGCUGCGGGGUGAUGCUCGAUAGACCCACACGGCCUAAAUCCUUUGUGGAAGUUCUUACUACGCCUCAGCAUUUUGACUUUUUCAAGCGUUUCAUGAUGGUGCAUAAGAUGCCGUUACCCAUCGCAUUCUGGCGCGCAGUCGAGGAUCUUAGGGACCUCACUAACGCGAAAACACGUCAGAUCCGAGUGACUCAGAUCGUUAGGAAAUUCUUUGGGAGAUACUCAAAAAACGGAGAUCUGUUGGACUGUGACGAAGACAUCAUCCGUCAGAUUCCCAACAUGGACAAGGUCACCCCCGGGAUCCUGAUCUGCGCGCAGGCCGCCGUCUACCGGUCCAUGGAGCGGAACUGGUACCCACUGUACGUGGAGACGUUCCCCCCGGAGACGGAGCCGUCCGUGGUCAGCCUGAUAAGCUCCACCCCUCUCACCCCAACCACCGCGGACACGCCCAUUGACUUCGCCGACAUCGUCAUUAAGUCCAGAAACAGAAAAAGGAAGGGCGUGUGGAAGAACAAAACGGUUAUGGUGUUGAAGAACUUACUGCGUGCCUUGGUGGAGUUUAACCGUGCUGUAAGCGGUAAGACGGAGUCCCAGCUCCUAGAAAUCUUCAUGAAAUGCGAGGUAGAGAAAGGCAAAUCUAGCCAAGCUAUGGACCAGUUAAACCAUCUGCACAAUCUUGAGAAACACAUCAUGUCCAGUAUUGGAGCGAACGUCCAGAUGCGCGUUGUCAUUAGAAACCGACUGGUCAUCCUCAACCGACUUCCGAACGAUCUUAGGUUCUGGAUCGAAGUCAACAAGUAUCAGCAAAUAGUGGACACCGCGGUCAGCAAGGGAAGUGUGUCCGAACUGGACACGGAGUUUAUGUCGGAUAAGGCCCGCUCCAUCAUCGCAUGUUUCCUGCUCUCCGAAGUGCCGCCGAAAGUGCAGAUAAACAUCCCGUCCGACCUUGCGAACAACAUUGUGUCCAGCCUGAACAGUAAAGGGCCCUCUCGCGGUCUGUUUCACGAUGCCGUCAUCCUUCUUUUUCCCAUCCUUUAUCACUACUAUAAGAGGUUCACCGAGGAGUGGAUGAAAGGUGACAUUCCCGAAGACUUCGUGGAGACGUUCUUGCGCCCGUACAACGGGCGCGUUACGAGCACCCCGCACAAGAACCUUCCGAUGCCAGACUACACAAAAAUCACCGAGGCUGACAUCAAGACGACCCAAUCCGCGACUAUGGACGAAAGUACGAUGAAAAUUCAGUUCUCUCUCUCGGAUGGAUGCACGAUGGUAUACCCGAAGCCGAGGUCGUCCCGAAUGAAUGCAAAUAUCACGCGCCGCAUGACCAACACCGGACUGAACGCGGUCCUGGAGGAAACGAGUCAUAAAAUCGAGAGCAAGUUCCGGUUACUGCCGGUAACUGAUAAGCGUAGCCACCACGAGAAAGGCGGACAAACCGCGACGGCCGUCGCCGCCAAUAUUAGCGCCGGUGAAAGGCGCAAGUCUGUGGGCAACGAGAAUACCGCUAAUCUUGGCGCGGGGGAGAGGAACGUGACCGUGGGCAAAGAGGACAGGCGAAAAGCGGGGAACGAGAAGGGGGCGAGCAAAGAUGGCAAGAAGAAGAGUCCGACGGCGGGGGAGAAGAAAACCGUGGGAGACAAGGCCAGGCGCCUGAGUCAGAUUGUGGAGUCGUUAAACCAGCAGCGAGCAGAGAAAAUCAAUGAGCAAAACCGACGAAACAGCAAGAACAUUAAGUUUGGGGAUGUCGUGACUGCGGCCAUGGCGCAGCAUGUGGCGAAUAGUUUAACCCCGAACUCGUCGUCACAUCUUUCGUUCAGCGCAACCAUAAUGGAAUGAUGCUAUUUUAGUUUUAAAGUUUAACACGUUACUUUAUCGUUAUAAUACGCCUUUUAAAUUUGCUUUGUAUAUUAUAUUUAUUUACACAUUAUAUGUCGAAUGAGGUUAACGUAAUAUAAUUAAUUCGUCUUUAUUUUCGAAUAGAUUGAUGUAUGUAUGAGUUAAAUCAACCGAACAGGAACGAUUAUGUUUUAACAAUACAAGUUGUUUUUUGGUUUACCCAUUUGUAUUUGGAAUCUUUUUUUAUUGUGGAUAGUUUUAUAAUUGGGUGUUGCAUAAUACAGGGGCAAAUAAACAAAUUUCAACAAAACAUA